UAUCCCUUUUUUUGUCAGUUAUAUUUUGUAUUUAGUCCUGUGUAAUCAUAUUUACUCGAUUUAUUAGGAUCUGCCGCUGGGUUUAUAAAGAUUGCUUUGUCUUUUACAACAGAAUAUUUCUGAGGUCUUGAUGAGCAGCGUUGAAGGCAAGGACAUUUUGGCCAGUCUUAAGAAGAAUACUUUAUCUUUACAUCAGCGAAGAUGCAUGGUCAGAAUACUAGUUUCAAACCUCAUGAGUCACUUUGGAGAAAAGUAUGUAUGCAUUUGUCCGUAGUAAAAAUGAUUAAUCUGUCUGUACAGUACCAUGCACCGUGGGGUAAAUCACGCAAAAUUGGAAGUCUGUCAUUAAUUACUCAACCUCAUGUUGUCCAAAACCCCUUAGACUUUCGUUCAUCUUCGCAACAUAAUUAAAGUUUUUUUAUGAAAUACGAAAGUUUUCAGAGCAACUUACACUUGGAAGGCCCACAAAGGUAGGAAAAACGUCAUGAAAGUAGUCAAUGUUACUCCAUGGGUUCAACUGUAAUUUUUUGAAGGUAAUGCUUUUUGUGUGACAAAAACAACAAAUCUAUUCAACAUUUUCUUCACUUCCACUUUAAGAUUGUUUACAUUCAAAAUUUUCGCUCAUAAUAAGUGCAUCAUGAUGUUCUCGAGGACGAACGUGUGAAAAUGAGUUGGAGAUUGAAGCAGAAGUGAAAAUACUAUUUUAUAAUUUUUGAUAAUUGUCCCGUCACUUCAGAAAAUUACUGUUGAACUUGCCCUACUUCCAUGAUGUUUUUUCUACCUUUAUGGGCCAAAAGUGAAAGAUGCUUAGGCUGUCAAUGGGGUAACAUAAACCUCUUGGAUGUCAUUUAAAAUAUCUUUAGUUGUGUUGUGAGGAUGAACGAAAGUCUUAGGGCAUAGGAAAAACAUGAAGGUGAAUCAAUCACAGAUUUAUUUUUGGAUGAACUAUCCCAUUAAAGGUUGAUUGACAAUCAAAUUUAGCUACUGUGUUUAUAUGGCUAAUCUCUGUCUAAUGCUGGAAUUUUUUUAAUGUCUUAUUAAAUAAUCUCUGUAUAAAUAGACCUCCUGAAUUCUAUUUUUAUUAUUGUUUCUAGCCCAUCCUCUGAGAAAAAGAUGCGUCUCUCUGGUUGAGCAAUAUCCUUGUCUGAAGGACUCUCAGGGUAAAGGCCAUGAAGCAUGGUUCAGCCCAGGACGAAGCCAUCGUCCAGCAACUGGUUUCUUGGAGGAACGCUUGCGAAAUGUCAGGAAGCGAUCACGCCGUGAAACCAACACAAGCCGUGAGAAGAAUGAUUCUGAAGCCAUGAGCAGCAUUAGCAGAAACUUGUUCAUUCCAGAGCCAAGUACUUCACCUGACAGGGCAGUACAACUUGCAGAAUGGCUCAAAAAUAAUAUGUGGCCAGCUAACCAAGUUGCAGAGUACAUGAAAGAAACCGCUAUCCACAGGGCUCACUGGAUAAGAGCUAACGGGACAAAAUCUAUUGAGGAUAUAACUGUUGAAUUCCCUCGACUCCUGGAUACUCCAGGAAUGAUUUCACAAGACUUCGCUAUAUUAUUCCCCAACCAUGCGGAGAGACUUAGUCAAACUUGGAAAUUUAGUUUCAAAGACAAAAUCCUUCGAUUUGCCAGCCAGGAGAAAAAGGCUCAGGAGCUUCUCCACAAUAUUGACAGUUUGUCUCCAGAUGCCCAAAGUGACCUUGCACUCAGGCUGCUUCCUGUGAUACUGCCCACCCCUGUCUACAAAAACGGGAUGAAAAUGUUCAAACCAAGCUUGGAAGAAAAUAUCAAGGCUUUCAUUGAAUUCAAGCAUGUUGGGACCAACAUGGUUGAAUACUUAAAGAAGGCCGAGCUCACAAAACCCUUCCCCUUUGUCCUUGGUCUUGGGGAUGACAGUCAAUGCCAUCAAGCCUUUGUUGUUGUUGGCAAACAGGCACUCGAGCAAAACACACUCCUUAGUGCUGUGGACACAUGCUUUAAACUUUUUUAUGUUAUGGACAUCCAUUUCCCGAAGCAGUGCUCACCGGUGUGGGAGUUUUUCCAGACUGCUGUCUAUAAACUCCCAGGAACAGAAUCCCCUUCUGUGAGACUCCUCCGUGGAUUUUUGUCAUUUUAAGCAAUAGGAGCCACAACAACUGACCUUUUCUAAGAUGUUAUUUGAGUUUAUAGGUGGAGGAACGUUUUUGACUAUAACCCUUUCUAAAAUGUUAUGAGAGUUUAUAUGAACAGGAGAGUUUCUAGACUAAAUCCUCCUCAUAAAACCCUCUGUAAAAUGUUAUGUGAGUUUAUAUGUAUUAAUGUAAUUUAAUGAUGUUAUUUAUUGAGAUGUUAUUUAUUGUGAUUUUAUUUAUAUAUCAGAAACUUAAUUAAAAUGUUUUAUGCUAUUUUAUUGUACAUGAAAUCCUUGGCUUGCAAUGUUAUUCCUUAUUAAAAAUAUAUAUUUUUACUGUU